UGAUCAUUGUUCGAACAUAUUUUCAUCAGCUUCCGUCGCUAUGAUUCCUAUGGUCUAGAGUCAGACGCUCUGAGGCUGACAGGACAGCCGCAUCCUCGUACUCCUGGUGACGCGAAGAUGGCAGCCGCAACAGCUCAUCCCUUCGAGCGCCGGGUCGCUGAGACUCAUAUCUCGAAAUCUGAUGUAAACAACCUGAUCAUGGACUACCUCAUCACAGAAGGCUAUCCAUCGGCUGCCGAAAAAUUCGCUGCAGAAGCCAAUAUCCAGCCCAAAGCAGAUCUCAGUUGCAUCCAGGAAAGAGUACAGAUCCGAGACUCUAUACACCGGGGAGAUCUGCAGGCGGCUAUCGAGCUCAUCAACGAGCUCAACCCAGAACUCCUUGACGCCGACAAAAAGCUGCAUUUCUCCUUGUUACGUUUGCAGCUGGUCGAGCUCAUUCGUCAAAGUUUCACUUCUUCAGACGCGACUCUUGUCGGCAGAGCCAUAGAGUUCGCUCAGAACAAUCUUGCGCCAUAUGCACCUCUGGAACCGCAAUUCAAGAACGACCUCGAGCGAGCAAUGGCGCUGCUGAUAGUCCCUAAAGAGUCAUGGACUAAAGCCACGUCGUCGGCCCCCUCGGGCUCGUCAACAUCACAAGUUCAAACAGAUUUCGGCGCUCUAGCUGAGCUAGUCGACCCAUCAUUACGGCGGAAGGUCGCUAAGGACGUUAAUGAAGCCAUCCUAAAUUCUCAAGAUCAGAGGAGGGAAGCCAACAUCAGGUACCUCGUUAGAGCCAGGGCAUGGGCUGAACAACUCGCCCGAGAGAAGAAGAUGGACUUACCACAACAUAUCAGCCUCGGCCUCGAUGGUGAUAAACAUUCAAAAGAUAGCCAAAACGGACACAAUGGAGACACUGAGAUGACGGAGAAUGGCGGCGAAGAUGCCAGUGGCGGUGAUGCCGAAUUGGCACGCUAUACUAACAUUCCGACCUGAAAUACUUGGUGGCCACGAUUUAUGAUACCACGUUAAAUUAGCGACGGCGUUGGGGCUUGGUGAAUAUAUUAUUGAUGUUCGAUACCAUGCGAAUGUAACCAUAACGAUCUUGAUCCCCGCCCAGUGUUAGGCAACCCAUUGAUGG